AUGGUUGACACCGGGAGUUCUGCCAAUGUUCUUUACUUUGAUGCCUUCAAGAGGCUUGGCUUGACCGGGGGAGACCUUACCCCUAUGGCAUCAGCACUCAUAGGAUUCACAGGGGACUCCAUCUCCCCGCUCGGGACCACAGUCCUCCCUAUCACCAUUGGGGAGGAGCCGAGAGCAAAGACAAUAAUGACCACCUUUAUGGUAGUCAAUCUGCCCUCGGCCUACAACGUCAUUCUCGACCGCCCAACACUCAACAAGAUAAAGGUGGUGGUUUCCACCUACCAUAGGGCCAUCAAAUUUUUGACCUCGACAGGGAUCAGGGGGACCCGAAGUGACCCAGGGGAGUCAAGGCGAUGCUACCUUGCCGCGGUUACUCUCCGAGGAAAGCUGCGCCCAACUCAGGUUCCCGAUCCCCGUAAGAACCCGUAA